AUGGCCAGUUCAACGGCUGUAUCCUUGAUCGUGCUGUUAAGUGUUUCGAUGACAACUAGCAACGCACACGUGGAGACUUUUGUAGGCACCCAUCAUGCACCAGAUUUAUUGGGUCAAGUUGCGCAGACCUAUUACCGAUAUUCUGAGACGUUUGUCAAGGUCGAAGUGCUAAACGGAAACUCCUCACAGGCAAGCUGGUUUCAACAGGAUUUGAUUACCCAUCUAGUUAGCCGAAGCAGUAACUGGAUGCCCGUGGUUUACAGAAAUUUCCCCAGAGGUGAGGAACGUCCGGCCUACUAUAACGUGUUUCUAGUUCGUGAUAGUCAGUCACUCGCUAAAGUAGUAGCUAGCAUGAACAACGACACCCAUCACUUUCACGGCCUCUAUACAAUUGUUAUCGAACGGGUGACAGAAACAACGCUAACGGCGGCCAUGGAAACGCUUUGGAGCUCGAUCAUUCUUAACGCAGCCAUCAUUACUGAGGCAAGCGAUGGUGGAUUUAUUGCUCACUCGUACCAUCCCUAUAUGGCGGGAAGCUGUGGCGUAGUGACACCGUUGGAGAUUGGUCGUUUUGUGGGCGGCUCGUGGACGGGGCUUGGCGAUUGGUUUCCAUCAAAGAUUGAGCGGUUCAACGGGUGCCCACUGGUAGCCGGUGUGGUCGACAUCCAGCCUUUUGCCAUGCACCGCCGGGCGGAAAAUAACACAAUGGUACAUACGGGCAUAGAGGUGACCAUGGCGAACUAUAUGGCGCACAAGAUGAACUUUACCAUUGUGUACCAGCUGCCGGAGGGAAACGUGAAGUGGGGUAUAUUUCGUGUACCGCCCGAAAACAGCACUGGCCUAGUGGGGAUGCUCCUGCGCCGUGAAGUCGACUUUGGGUUCAGCUGUUUGGGUAUCAGCCUUAGCCGCUAUCAGCACCUUCGGCUCGGUACCACCAGCCGCUACGGACAGCUGCUGAUGGCCAUUCCACCGAAGCGGCCAUAUACGUCGUUCGAAAAAUUGUUCCAACCGUUCAGCCUCCAGUCUUGGGUGUGCAUCGUCGUUUGCUACGCGAUUAUAUGUGUUAUCGCGCAGGCCAUCUUCAACGUGCGGCAGGCACCCGGGGUCGAGCGAUUGCCAAAUUCGUUCUACACCCUGUGGGUGCUGCUGAUGGGGGGAUCUUGCAAUCCUCUUCGGCUGGACAGCUCUCGUCUGUUCAUCAUAGGUUUCAUACUGAACACACUCGUCAUUCGGACGCUCUACCAUGCCGGGAUGUUUGAACGAUUGCAAGCCUCCGAUAGUCUGGCAUCGGAUUUGAAUACAUUCGGCGAAAUCAACAAGGCUGGCAUGAAUUACUACAUGCACAAGACGAUUUCACUCUACUUCAAAGAUAACCCACAGAUAGAUUCAAGGAAAAUACGCCUCAUACAGGAUAAGGCCACUGACUGGGAGCAGCUGAUGUACGCUCUGUCCCAGCAUAAAUUGGACGGUGUAGUCACAAUGCCGCUCGACUGCAUCAAGUACUACAUCAAGCAGAAUGGCCAUCGGGGCGUGGUGUACGUUGCAAAGUCGACUGGCAUCAAUUACAACACUGCAUUCUUUUUCCCAAAGACAUCCUCGCUGCAGGAGUCCUUCAGCUCCUUGAUGCUAAGGCUGCACACCGCCGGACUAGCCAACUUUUGGUCUCAGGAGUUCGAGGACACUCGGUACUGGUCGAAUGCUAAAACUGACCCCGAACCAAGCAGCCUGCAGUGGAACCAAAUUUCCGGUGGAUUCUAUCUCUGUGGCAUACUGCAUUUGACAGCAGUCCUGGUUUUCUUCGCCGAGAUCUGUUGGCACCGCUUGAGUCCCAGAUUGGUCUCGUGGCUUGGUCAAUUGAAACACAGAUAA